AUGGACUAUGAUUGGGCGAACAACCUCAUCGCGGAGAUUACUGAUGACAUCUACAUUGAAAAAUUCAUGCUCUUAAGGCACCAAACCCCAAGGCUAAGAGGCCGUAAAGCAAGAAAGCUGGCAGACAUGCUCCUGCACGGUGACAGACACUUUGUCGACAUUGGCGCCAACUACUCCCAGGGCGACUUCGACAAACACACGCGCCAGACGCUGGGGGAGUAUCUCACCGGCAUCGAAAAGCUGUUCGAGGACUUUACUAGAUCACUCCGUGUCCUGCUGCCUAUCAACUACGUUCUCACUCCAGAGAGCGAGUCUGUCCGUGCGGAUGUGGGAGACCGCAUCCCAGAGCUCAAACAGAAGGCCGAGCAGAUGUGUGCUCUACUUCCUGCGCGAGCUAGCCAGGAAGAGGACGUAAACGACAUCAACAUCGACAACAUCGAUGUCAAGGAAGACGAGGAAAACUCGGCACUUGUCUUCGAAACAAUGGCUAUCUUCUACGUUUCUGCUUCCAUUGCUUUGCAUCCUUUUUCCCCACGCUGCUUAGUCAUUCAUACUACACACUAUAGUGCCCAGAGCCAAUGGUCAAGUUGA